UUCGUCCGUCCGGCCCGCCCUUUCACAGCACGGGUGGGCCUCGCCGCUUGCAGGCUGCACUGAAAGCGCCUCGUCGCCGCAGCAGCUGCACUGCGAUCGAUCGCUGUUGCCGUGAUCGCUUCAACCCCGCCAUCUCCAUCGACUUGUACUUCCCAAUCUCGCCUCCAGUCGCCAGGGUUGGCACGCUGUGGAGGUAUCGGAAUCUGGAUGCUGUGUCAGCCAUUCUCUCGUGGUUUUUCUCGGUGGAUUUUGUUAGAUAUUCUUUUUGAUCGAAUGAGCUGAGGUGUGGUGGUGGCGUAGACGCGGGUGUGAGGAGACAGAAGUGGAUUUCUAUUGUUGAGUUUGAGGAUUUGGAGUCAUGGCGGCAGCGGGAGGGAGGAGGGGGAUGAAGGCGAUGAGUGAGAUGUUGAUGAAGUCGCAGAGAAGGACCGUCACGUACAUGCCUCGGCCGGGAGACGGGAGCCCUAGGGCGGUAACUUUGUUGCCCGGUGAUGGAAUCGGGCCGUUGGUCACGGGCGCGGCGGUGCAGGUGAUGAAGGCGAUGCAUGCGCCAGUGUAUUUCGAGGAGUACGAAGUGUCCGGGAAGAUGGACAAGGUGCCGACCGAGGUCAUGGACAGUAUUCGCAGAAACAAGGUGUGCUUGAAAGGAGGCCUUGCCACGCCUGUCGGGGGAGGUGUUAGUUCUCUGAAUGUGCAGUUGCGGAAGGAGCUGGAUUUGUUUGCGUCACUUGUGCAUUGCUUCAAUUUGCCCGGUCUCAAGACGCGCCACGAUAAUGUCAACAUUGUGGUUAUUCGAGAGAACACUGAAGGAGAGUACUCUGGUCUUGAGCACGAGGUCGUCCCCGGGGUUGUCGAGAGCCUCAAGGUGAUAACCAAAUUCUGCUCCGAGCGAAUUGCAAAGUACGCCUUUGAGUAUGCUUAUCUCAACAACCGUAAGACAGUAACAGCAGUACAUAAGGCCAACAUCAUGAAGCUUGCAGAUGGUCUUUUCCUAGAAUCUUGUCGUGAGGUGGCCAAAAACUACCCAGGCAUCAAAUACAACGAGGUCAUUGUGGAUAACUGCUGUAUGCAACUUGUGUCUAAGCCCCAGCAGUUUGACGUGAUGGUAACACCAAAUUUGUACGGAACCUUGGUAGCUAAUACCGCAGCCGGUAUUGCAGGCGGCACUGGUGUCAUGCCAGGAGGCAAUGUGGGUGCAGAUCAUGCAAUCUUUGAGCAGGGAGCCUCUGCUGGUAAUGUCGGGAACGAAAGACUAGUAGCUGGUAAAACUGCCAAUCCCACGGCAUUGCUCUUGUCAUCCGCCAUGAUGUUACGACAUUUGCAGUUCCCAUCUUUUGCAGACAGGCUGGAACAAGCUGUGAUGAGCGUGAUAGCGGAGGGGACAUAUCGCACUAAGGAUCUUGGGGGCACAAGCACUACUCAAGAUGUAGUUGAUGCUGUUAUUGAAAAGCUAAAUUAACUGCUUCACCUUCUUUUUAUUUUAUUUUUGCCCCUUCUCCCUGGAGCUACAGGGUUUAUGGCUUAAUUAAAGCAAUUUCUGGUUGUGGGUAUAUUUUAUCCCACAAGUUUGCUAAUCAGCUUCGAGAAA